AUGGGCUCCUUAGCCGACCAAGCAGGCCGUCGACCGGCCUACAUCUGCUGUUUCAUGAUAUAUAUCGCGGGCAACAUCGCUCUCGCCCUCCAACGCCACUAUUCCGCGUUGCUGAUUCUCCGCGCCGUUCAAAGCAGCGGCAGUAGCGGAACAGUUGCCUUGGCAUCUGCCGUUGCUGCUGAUAUCAUCACUCCGGCCGAGCGAGGCUCUUAUAUGGGUCUUGCCUCGCUUGGUAAUAUUCUCGCGCCCUCGCUUGGCCCUGUUCUCGGUGGCCUGUUGGGCCAGUAUUUGGGAUGGCCGGCAAUCUUUUGGUUUUUAGCCAUUGCAGGUGCUGCCUUUUCUGUGCCGCUGAUUCUGUUUUUCCCUGAGACUUGUCGGGCUAUUGUUGGGGACGGAUCAAUCACUGCACUAGGGUGGAAUAGGACCUUUUGGAGUUAUAUGAAGCGGCCUUGGAAUCAAGCUGCCAGCUUCACCCGUCAAUCUCCUCCUCAGUCGACAAAAUGGGCCAUCCUCAAUCCUUGGUCCUCACUGCGACUGCUUUCUCAUAGACCGGUAGGCCUAGUUUUGCUGGUGAAUGGUGUCAUUUUCGCAAGCUACUAUGCUGUCACUGCGGGUAUUCCUUCGCUCUUCAGGGCGCUUUACAACCUUCACGAUCUCGGUAUAGGGCUAAGCUUUAUUCCCGCCGGACUAGGCUCGCUGGUUAGUGCAACUGCCAACGGCGUGUUGGUUGAUUGGAAUUACAGACGAAUGCGCGCAAAAAUAGGCCAGCCAGUACGUAAGCACCAGCGUGAAGACAUCUCCGACUUUCCAAUUGAGCGGGCUAGGCUACAGAUUGGCUUGCCUAUGGCGGUACGUCUUAUUAUAUAUAGUGUAUGUCCUGCCCUUCUGGUUUCAGAUGUUGAUAUUCUAACGUAG